CUCCAAGCGCAUGCGCAGUGCCCGCUCCGUGUCUCCUCGGCCUGGCGCGCACUUUCCUCGUUUCUGUGUGUGUGGAUUCAAUGAACGGGCGGCGGUUAACCUGACACUGAGGCCCGGCUUCCACACCCUCCGCUAGAGACAGAACAGUCUGUGUGAAGGGAGAGUCUAUACAGUUUGUGCCAUGGCAACAGAGGAGAAGAAGCCCGAGACGGAAUCAUCUAAAUCACAAUCAACCCCUUCAUCAUCCACAAAUCAGAGCAAGCCUGUGCCUGUAAAACCGAAUUAUGCUCUAAAGUUCACUUUAGCAGGACACACCAAGGCAGUGUCAUCUGUAAAAUUCAGCCCAAAUGGAGAGUGGCUUGCCAGUUCUUCUGCUGAUAAGUUAAUAAAGAUAUGGGGAGCGUAUGACGGCAAGUUUGAGAAGACAAUAUCUGGACACAAGCUGGGUAUAUCCGAUGUCGCUUGGUCCUCUGACUCCAAUCUCCUUGUAUCUGCCUCGGAUGAUAAAACUCUAAAAAUCUGGGAUGUUAGCUCGGGAAAAUGUUUGAAGACUUUGAAGGGGCACAGUAACUAUGUCUUUUGCUGCAACUUUAACCCACAGUCCAAUCUCAUUGUGUCAGGAUCUUUUGAUGAAAGUGUGAGAAUAUGGGAUGUGAAGACAGGGAAGUGCCUGAAGACCUUGCCUGCUCAUUCUGACCCCGUGUCUGCUGUGCAUUUCAAUCGUGACGGUUCCCUCAUUGUAUCGAGUAGCUACGAUGGUCUGUGCCGAAUCUGGGACACGGCCUCGGGACAGUGCUUGAAAACGCUGAUCGAUGAUGAUAACCCCCCAGUAUCGUUCGUGAAGUUCUCUCCGAAUGGAAAAUACAUUCUAGCAGCAACAUUAGACAACACACUUAAAUUAUGGGACUACAGCAAAGGGAAGUGCCUGAAAACGUACACGUGCCACAAGAAUGAAAAGUACUGCAUAUUUGCAAACUUCUCUGUAACCGGUGGCAAGUGGAUUGUUUCUGGGUCUGAAGAUAACUUGGUGUACAUCUGGAACCUGCAAACAAAGGAGAUUGUUCAGAAAUUACAGGGGCAUACAGAUGUCGUCAUUUCAACUGCCUGUCAUCCAACAGAGAAUAUCAUUGCCUCUGCAGCUCUAGAAAACGAUAAGACCAUCAAAUUGUGGAAGAGCGACUGCUAGAGCGACUGCUAGAGCUUGUUUUUUUUGUUUUUUGUUUUUUAUUUGAGCUCUGUUUGCAGACUGUAUUCACAGGAGAACAUUCCUCGCGGAAGACGGUGUAAUUCUGCAAAAGCGGAGAUCCAUCAACCUUGAGCCCCAUUGAAUUUUUCUGUGGGAGGGAGACAUUUUAUCAAAACUGAGUUUUAUCUGAAAAUAACCAAAUUAGACUGUAACAAGGAGAUUUAGAAACAACUCAUUUUUUUCUUGUUUUGGUUUUUUGUUUACACGCUUAUUUCACCCGUGAUUAUCUUGUGUUUGGGGUUUUGUUUUGAGGGGUUUUUCUUUCUAAAGUGUCCCUACAAAACAUGCGCCAAAGUCAGUCUGGGGUGGCUUUUUAACCCUUAAGUAAGUAGUUCCUCGGUCCAAAGAAAUUGACUAGUUCUGCAGGAGGCUAAAAAAUACUGUUCUGGUUGUUUUCUGUUUAAGAACUUUUCCAAAUUCCUGUGUUUUUUGUUUGCCCUACCACAUAAAAUGCCAACUCCAAAAUCUGGAGGAAGGGGCUCCCCUGACAUUUAAAUUGCUGUAGCCUGCCUUUCACGUUGUUGAUGGGCGUUUUAAUCCAUUGCAGCCUUAGCAACAGAAUUGACUUGGUUUUUUUUGCAAGCCCUUUUCCCUAAAAUAAUACCAAGUAGUCUUCAAGCAGUUCAGUGUUCUCCUUCUGUGGUGUAAUCACACUACAUUUCAACAGUUUGUGACCAAAUGAGGCUGCUAAUAUUUUUUCUUUUUUUUUUCAAAAAUCAUUUUUAGGUUCUACCAUUGUAUAGCUACAUACAUUUCUUGCUAUGUAUUAACCAGAAGCCACCGCAAAGCAAUUUUUGUAAUGGUUUUGUAACAUUUUAGAGUUGACUGUCGCACAGUUUUGCUCAGAUGCUUAGCCCCAAAAGUGCAAGAGGUUCUUACAACUGGAAUUUCUGGUGGCACUAAAUGGGUUUAAAUAUAUUUACUUUUGUCUUUGUUCUCUGCCUCCUUUAAAAUUGUUUUAUUUUCCCCCCCCAUUUUUUGGGGGUGUGGAGUGGGAGGGGCGGAUAUUGGGAGUGCAGUAUGGUGACGUUUGCAGCCCAUUGUAAAAUUUCAUUGUAAAAAGCAAUUGCUGUUUUUGUAUUUUGGAAAUUCAUAGUAAUGUAUUGCUCAUGGCAUGUCUCUUGAGACUUGUUUUUUUUUGUUUUUUUUUUAUAUAUAUAUAUUUUUCCCGCAUUUAAUUUUAUCUUUGUUUUUGGACAGAAAACAGAACCAUUAGCUGUAAUAAAGAGCUCUGAGGGUUUUUACGUGAAUAGGCAGUGUUAAUUUGACAUUCUGUACUGCUUUAAUUUAAGACAUUACAAACCAUUCUUUCGCA